AUGGCAAGCCCUCUGCCUGAACCCGAUCUACAAGGCUCCAUCGUGCCCUCAACUCCUCCGCCUGUGCGAACUCGGUCCGCAGACAGCCUCAGUAAAUCAGCAUAUACUUCUCCUCCACCAAUGUCAAGUAGUAUGACGCCGCCUCCCUCUACACAACCCCCACGGUUUCAUUCACCCGUCAACCAGAACAGCAAUGUUCCCAGUGAUGCCUUCCUGGCCUCUCCACCAAACACUAUUCCAUACAAUGUGCUCCGGGCCCUUCCAACUCAAGAUGCCAUCAAUCGGUCCGAUAGCAUUGGAGAACUACGAGAUAUGGCCCGAGAAUUGGUCACUGCGGUCAAGGAUGCUAGGACCGCUGCUGCACACUUCAAACUGCAAUACAAUUUACUCCUGAUGGAAUCAGAGGAAGCGGCUCAACGUGCCGAAGUUGAGCAGCAGAUGACUCGACGAGAAAUCGAAGUGCUACACAGUACGGAGCUCAAGAACAGAACUACCUUGUCGAUGAACUCGCGAAAUUCUCAACCACCAUCCGCACCACAGAUUGAUGCUCUGACAAAAACUUGCAGAUCGCUGGAGGAGGAAAGAGACGAAGCGGAACAGCGACUUCAACGGGCCAAAAAAUUGAUUGAGAUGGAGAAGGACAAGUUUGAUUUGUUGAUGGAGGAGAAUGCUCUUCUCAAGAAACGUAUCCGUGACAACCGAGAACAUUUCAGCCGUCUGAAGAGCCUGUCUCCUUCAUACACCACUCCACGCGACACCUUCACCACUCCUCAGCGAAGAAGCCUUCCACAAUUCCCUCAGAGUGCACCAAAUCAUUCGAACAUUGCAGCAUUGCUGGCGGCAGACCAGGUUUUGAAUGGAGAAAGUAUCAGUGUACCAUCAACACCAACUCGAACUCAUGCUUCAAAGGUCAAGCGGGGCCAUACCCGAGGAGCGCAUUCUCUUUCUUCGCUUCACACCACUCCAGCCCAACAUCGCUCUAUUGGUCGAGAUACGUACCCUGAGUCGAUGAUCCCCUUCUCGGCACCUGCUUCACAACUUGUCAUUGAGUCGGCGGAAAGGGAACGCCAUGACAGAGACAGCACCAUCUCCAUAUCAGAUGCUGAAGAGAUUGAUGACGAUGUUCAACAGUCACAAGCCAGUUCUUUGGCAAGUGAUAUGCUACGCCGAAACCCAGGUAGCCAGGAAUCUUUGAGGUUAUCUCAAAACGCCGAAAGAUCAAGCAGUCUUUUACAAUCAAAGCUAUUUGGACCAGUCAAAAAAAGCACACAAAGCCAGAAGCGAGGUUCUAGUUUUGGCGAGUCAGACAUCAAGGUGAAAAAGGCAAAGUUAUCUCAAGGAGUUGGUUUAGGCAUUGAAUCUUGGAGUCAAUGA